AGACGCAGAUGAUUGGCAGAGGGGGGGCAUUUAAUGCUGGUCUACUUCAGAGUUCAGAGUGAUUGAAGCCAGAAAUCCAUUCACAGAUGGUCCAUGAGAUGAGAAUAGAUAGGCAUCCCUGUCUCUCUUGAAUCGAUCUCGUCUCUCAUCUGAUCGCCGGGAACCAAUUGCCAGUGCAUUAUGCGUCUGGUCCAGGAUUUCCAACAGUGGUACGGAAAACGGAAUGAGAGGACGACUGUACACUGUUUUGUUGUCACGGACCAGCUCCUCAAACACGGCAAGAGUCGGUUUUUUUGACCUGGCUUUUUUUUACAGAGCUUACUACAGACCACAAGACUUUUCCCUCGACAAAUGAGUCAAUGACAGGCAGCCAGGCAGGCAGGUUCGACCGUGCAAGCACUCCGUAGAUUCAUCUUUCAUGUCACAACGAUCUCUGUUUUGUUUCGUCGACACGAUUAUUAUCUGUUAAAGACAGGUACAGAUAAACUGGGUAUUUUAUUUAGCUGUUCCAAUCCAAACAAGUAGAACCGCAGCGAUAACAUACACGUAGGCGUAGCCAGGGAACGAAGGAAAUUGCGUGGCGACCGUGUUGUGUGCUCGUCAACGUUGUCGCAGAAACGAAUAAAAUGAUCAUUGGGUGGCCAACGAUAUUUUGUUUUGUUUCACUAUUUGCUGGCGUUCAUUUCAUUCGCUUUGGUCUUUCCAACCGCGGGCAGGCGACGAGACGACCAAGGAAGAAAUUAACAAGCGAGUGAACUUUCCUUUGCUCUGCUCUUUGUCGUCGUCGUUUCCCGCGGCAGAGGAGAGCAGAAGCGAGAGAGAGAGAGAGAGAGAGAGUAGACUGGCUGACCGGCCAUGGCGAGCGCGUUGUCCGCCGCCGGGCAGCAACAGCAGCAGCAGCAGCAGGAGCGGGCCGUGGGAGACGCGGAGCGCGACGUGAGGCGCAUGGCGGCGUCCAAGGACGCGGUGGAUGACAUGAUCCGCGUGCUCUCGGUCUACGACGCCGGGGACCUGUACCCGCUGUCUUCUCCGGCGCCGGGCAGGGAGCAGGCGCACGGCCGCGGCCAGGAGGAGGACGAGGAGGAAACGUUCGUGGCCGCAGAGGACGUCAUCCGGCGGUGCAGCUCGACCUCCUCGUCGUGCGGCGCCGUGACCGACGACUACCUCUACGCCGUCGACGACGCCAUCGCCGUCGCCGCCUUGCAGGGCGGCCUCGCGUCCCGCGCCGCCGAGGCCGUGCACGCCGCCAUGCCGCGCCUGGAGGAGGAGGUCCUCGCGCUGCUCUCCUCUUCUUCCUCCUCCUCCUCCUCCUCCGCAUACUCCUCCGCGACGCCUCGCCUCUCUUCAUCUUCUUCCGCCGCCUGCUCGCCGGACCACGACCUCGGCGACGACGACGCCAUUACCGGCGGCGGCACGAUCCCCUUGUCCCCGCGGGCCGCCGUCUCCGUCCGGGCCGUGGCGGACCGGAUGCUGCGGGCCGGGUACGGCCCAGAGCUCGCGCAGCUCUACGUGGCGGCCCGCCGCGGCCCGCUCGCUGAGUCCGCGGCGCGCAUGCUGGGCGGCGCCGCCGACCACCCGCUGGCCAUCGAGGACGUGCUCCGGAUGGAGUGGCCGGCGCUCGACCAGAGGAUCCGGCGCUGGAACCACGGCGUCAGGCCCGUCGUCAGGACGCUCAUGGCCGGCGAGCGCCUGCUCUGCGCCGAGGUUUUCGCGUCCGACUCCGGCGCCGAGAACCUCGGCCGCGAGUGCUUCGCCGACGUGUGCCGCGGCCCCGUGCUGCAGCUCCUCGGCUUCGCGGACGCCGUCGCCAUGUGCCCCCGCGCCACCGAGAAGCUCUACCGCACUCUCGGCAUGUACGAGGCGCUCGCCGACGUCGCGCCCGACCUCCAGGCCCUCUUCUCCUCUGCCUCCGCCGGAGACGAAGACGAAGACGGCACGACGCGCGAGCUCGUGGCCGGCGAGGCGUCGGCCGUGGCGGCGCGGCUGGGGGCCACGCUGCGGCGGACGGUGGAGGAGUUCGUGGCCGCCAUCGCUGGCGAGUCCUCGCGGCGGCCCGUGGCCGGCGGCGAGAUCCACCCCAUGACCCGCUACGUGCUAAACUACUGCGGCCUCCUCGCCGACUGCCGCGCCACGCUCGACACCGUCCUCCUCCUCGACCCCGACGACAACCCCGACGACGAAGACGCCAUUAACAACGAAGCUCGAUCUCAAUCUCAGGGGGCGCCGUCGACGCCGUCGGGGCGGUGCAUGAGGGAGCUGCUGACGCGGCUGCUGGGGAAGAUGGAUGAGAAAUCCGAGCUCUACGACGACGCGGGGCUGAAGAACAUCUUCCUGAUGAACAACCUCUACUACGUGACCCAGAAGGUCAUGGACUCGCCGCCGCUGCGGGAGCUCCUGGGCGACGACUGGAUCCGCCGCCACCGGGGCCAGAUCCGGCAGUACGAGACCGCCUACCUCCGGGCCUCCUGGACGGCCGCGCUCUCCUCCCUCCGGGACGAUUCGCCGGCGAGCCCCCACGGCGGCAGCAGCGGCAGCGGCGGGAGGGCGUCGUCGGCGUCGAGGGAGAAGGACAGGCAGGCGAGGGGAUUCAACGCGGCGUUCGAGGAGCUCUACCGGAGCCAGACGGCGUGGAAGGUGAGCGACCCGCAGCUGCGGGAGGAGCUCCGGAUCGCCGUCUCGGAGCGGCUCAUCCCGGCGUACCGCUCCUUCCUGGGCCGGCCCAGGCCGCAGCCCGCCAGGCACGUCAAGUACAGCCUCGAGGACCUCGAGAACUACAUGCUCGACUUCUUCGAGGGCGCGCACAAGUUCGUCCGCUGAUCAUUCGCCGCCGGAAGUCGAAGCCGAGCCUCUCUCGUGCUUGCUUGCUUGCUUGUGUUCGUGUCGACGUGCAGAUGUAAGUAGAGGAAACUUCAGGACUGUGUGUAUAUAUAUAGUGCAUUCGAAUUUCGAAUUUGAAUUUUUAGGAGAUGGUGUUUGGCUUUCCUGACACAAGACAAGAGGAUGAUUUCUGGUCUGGGUUGGUGUAAUCAGAUUGUCUUUCUUUUUAGAAUUUAUAAAAUAUACUUCUUUCGUUGUCGAAA